GAAAAGCACAAACGGGAAAAGAAUCGAAAGAAAACAAAACGUUGGGCAGCGGAAGGGAAUCGGCUGCGAGCGUCGAAGCCCCCCCACCCCUCUCUCUUUCUUCUAUAAGACGAGUUCGCCUGGGCUUGGUCGAGCUCGUUGGUUCCCCAUGGCGAUCCAGGAGAAGCUGAUGCAAGCGGUGGUGGAGCACCGGGCCCAGCUGGCCCUCACCGCCGCCCUCGCCGCCGCGGUCGUCUCCCUCCUCAGCGUCGGCCCCAGCUUCUCCGCCGUGGCGGGCUUCUUCUGGCCGCUCCUCGUCUCCACCGCCUUCCUGCUCGUCGCCGUCGCCGUCCUCCUCCGGAUCUCCCCACCCCCGGGCGAGACAUCCGGGGAGGAGCUCAUCGACUACGUCGCCGGCCGGCCAGAGGACGCCCAGCUGGCGGGGCCCUACGAAGAGACACCUGACGCCGGCAGGGAGGGGGAGGCGGAGGCCGCGCGAGUGAAGCACCAAAAGUCGCAGUGAGAGAAAGAGAGAGACAUCAAGCUUUCUCGUGAUCCGCCGGAACAGGCUAGCCCGGAGGAGGUUGGCUUGCGUGGAAGGCUAAGAAUGGGAGAGGCAGUGGGACCCGCUAACGAAGAAGCGCAUGAAGAAUAACGUACAGGUGGAAGGAGGUGUGGUGGGGAACUCGAGAAUAAAUUGGUGUCAUGUCUAUUAUUGCGUACUCUUUUUAUGUUCAUGCCCUCAGAUCGCUUGUAAUAUUACAUAAGAGUCUUAUCCUGUCAAAUCCCAUCCUAGUAACUGAUUUCAAAUAAUUAAAUGCAUAAGAAAGUACAAGUGAAGGAACUCAUAGGGGAAUGAUUUUAUUUAUGAAGGUAAAAUGAGCAUAAAAAUCAUAAUAUAUUAUUAUUAUAUAAAAAUUUUAAUAUUAAAAAUAAAAUAAAAUAAUAAUAAAUUAAAUUUAUGAUGUAUUUUUAUAUUAUUUAAAAAUUUGUAAGCACAUCGUCGGAGCCAAAAGAUAUAAUAAUAUGGAUU